AUGGAGAGCCACAAUAUUAAGGUCCGGAGAGCCACCUCAGUUCUCCUGCUCCUGCUGUUGUGCUCCUCUGCUGUGGCCAACCGAGCUGUGCCAGACUGUUGCCGACAAAAAAGCUGUUCGUGCCAUAUCUUUGAGCUGCUGCAUGGGAUGGGCAACCACGCCGCCGGCAUCCUGACCAUCGGCAAGCGCAGCAGUGCCACAACUGCCAGGGGCUUCCAGAGCCGCCUGUACCACCUUUUGCAUGGUUCUGAUAACCAGGCUGCUGGGAUUCUCACAAUGGGCAAGAGAGCAAAUGGGCUAGCCUUGCAGCUCAACAAGAAUGUGCCCAUAAUCGCCCAGGUGGUGCCCACCCCAUAUGCUGCAGAGCCUGAUCCAAUCACAGGCUGCCUGACUUCCCAGAAGACCACUGCCCCAGAUCACAUUUACUAA